GCCGCAGAUACCUUGGCCGUGCGACAGAAGCGACGGAUCUACGAUAUCACCAACGUCCUGGAAGGCAUCGGGUUGAUCGAGAAGAAAUCCAAGAACAGCAUCCAGUGGAAAGGGGUGGGUCCUGGCUGCAACACCCGUGAAAUAACUCACAAGCUGAUCGAGCUGAAGGCAGACAUCGAGGACCUGGAGCAGCGGGAACAGGAGCUGGAGCAGCAGAAGAUGUGGCCCAUCUCCUUAACCUUGGCAACAUUAGCGUACGUGACGCACGAAGACAUCUGCAAGUGCUUCACAGGAGACACCCUCCUGGCGAUUCGAGCCCCGUCAGGCACGCGUCUGGAGGUUCCCGUCCCCGAGGGCUUAAACGGGCAGAAGAAAUACCAGAUCCACCUGAAGAGCACGACCGGUCCCAUCGACGUUCUCUUAGUAAACAAAGACGCUUGGAGCUCCCCUCCUGUCGUACUCCCCGUCCCUCCCCCCGAAGACCUCAUCCAGUGCCAGGCGGUCGCCCCCACCAAACCAUUAGGUUGGUUGUGCCUUUGUCCAGCGAAAUUCCAAAAGCCUCUGGUGGUGGAGGCUGCCAGCUUCCUCAGUGAGCUCUUCCAGGGCUGCAGCCCCCGCUCAGCCGGGUUGGAUACGCAGCCGCUCCAGUCCUCUGCCUCCCUGGACAGCAGCUCCGUCCUACCCAGCCCCUCUACCUCCUUCGAGCCCAUCAAGCCCGACCCGACAGGAAUCCUGGAACUUCCCAAAGAGCUGUCAGAGAUGUUUGACCCAACGAGAGAAUGCAUGAACUCCGAGCUGCUGGAGGAGCUGAUGUCCUCUGAAGUGUUCGCUCCCUUGCUCCGCCUCUCCCCUCCGCCUGGAGACCACGAUUACAUCUACAACCUGGACGAGAGCGAAGGCGUCUGUGACCUUUUCGACGUGCCUGUCCUCAACCUCUGA